AUGCCUUGGAAAGACCACCUCAAGCAGCUCAAGGACGGCUUUAACGCCAUCAAGUCGGAAAUACAAGGGAGCUCCGACUCCCCACAAGCCCCAGCCCACCAGCCCCCGCCAAACCCUCCACCAAACCAUUUCCCAAACCUCGCGCCACAGGGACAAAACAUUUACUGGAGACCAAAUCAUGCACCCCAUGCCGCCGUGACGGCAGAGUGGGACGCGAAGCUCGGCAAUGGCCCGGACGGCUGGGGCAAUCAAGAGCUGCAGCAUUAUACCGACCAGCCACAGAAUGUCUUCUUCCCGCAAGAAAACAUCCUGGUCCUCCGCGCCAUCGCACAAAGCCAAGCCCCCACACCCGAACAGCGCUACACGUCUGCGCGGCUCGUCAGUCGACAGCCGCUCUCCCGCGACCGCGGCUGUCUCGUCGCAGUUAUCCAAUCGCCUUGCGCGCAGGGCAUCUGGCCGGCAUUCUGGCUGCUCCCUCAGGAACCCUUCGCGUGGCCCACUGACGGCGAGAUCGACAUUGCAGAGACAUGGAAUGGUGAUUGCGAGAACCAUUCCUGCUUACAUUGGGGCCAGCACCACGAACCAGAGAAGCACCGCGUUCUCGGCACCAGAAUCCAAGACAUGGCGUGUCGGCCGGUGCGGUAUGACCUUGUUUGGGACCAGCCAGGUGGGCAGGCAGGUCAAGGCCGAUUGAUGUGGUUUAUUGACGGAAGACCAAUAAUGAAAGCGGCUAUUCCGGAAGGCACACGUCCAAUGCGGGACAUGACAGUACUGCUUAACGUGGCUAUGGGAGGAAAUGUCUGCGGAGGCCAGACGCCGGCUGAUGGCGCGUAUGAUAUGGUUGUCCACGCCAUGUAUGCCGUGGACGAGCCUGAGUAUGGUGGCUGGGGUGGCUUUGAGCAUGCGUGGCAUAACCCCGGUGUGCCAGAGGGCCGUGGUUACUAG